AUGUUAAAGUUACCUACCUAUGUCAAUGUGUUGGAAAUGGCUGUUAUAGCAGAAGGAAACCUUGUUGCUGAGAAUCGGAUUUCUGAAUGGAAAGGAAAGAGGCAGAACAAUCAAUUGCCAAGAGGGUCAGUCACUCCACCAAACAAGAAACAAAACUCAGGGACUUCUGGUACUUCUACCCCUACUCCGGACUCAGUUCAUGUUUGUUCAACAUGUAGAAAGAAGCACCGUGGGACUUGUUAUCGGUUGUCUGGAGCAUGUUUUCGAUGUGGCAAAACAGGUCACUUGGUGAGGGAUUGCCCUCAAAGGAAUCAGCAAAAUGGAGAUGUGCAAAACGCUGCAACAGUAGUGUCAGGUACUUUUAUUGUUCACGAUCAUUCUGCUCAUGUAUUGUUUGAUUCUGGCUCCACCCAUUCCUUUGUGUCAAAACUAUUUGCUCAAAAUUUAGAUAGAUCUGAAGAAGUAUUAUCCUAUAUGUUAUGUGUGUCUUCACCUUUGGAAGACUUUAUGAUCUGUACUUCUGUUUAUUUUGCUUGCGAACUUCAAAUUGGGGAUAUCCGGCUAUAUGCUAAUCUGUUACCUCUUGAUAUGACUAGUUUUGAUAUUAUUAUGGGAAUGGACUGGUUGAGCGAAUAUGGUGCAACUAUUGACUGUUUGACUAAGCAAAUUAGUUUUCACCCUCCGAGACAAUCAGAAUGUACUUUUCAGGGACAUGGAGUGGCUUCUCCACCUUAUUUGAUUUCUGUAGCAAAGGCUUGUAAAUUAAUUCAGAAAUGGUGUCAGGGGUAUUUAUGCAGUGUUUUGGAGAGGCAAGUGACGAAUGGGAGUACCGACAUGAUUCCAGUUGUCUGUGAAUUUCCAGAUGUUUUUCCAGAAGAAUUGUCGGGGGAGUUAGUGGACCGUGAAAUUGAAUUUACAAUUGAAGUGAUACCGGGAACCCAACCCAUUUCUAAAACUCCGUAUCGAAUGUCACCAGUUGAAAUGAAGUAA